AUGUUCAUCCUCGACCAAUGCCUUGUCCUCCCUGUCAACGGCAGUGGCCUCAACUUCAACGACGGUGAACGCAUUGUAUGGCCGGCAGGUCGAGCCUUCGAACUCGGUGUCUCUGUUGAACCCACGCAAAUGGGUGUGUUGAUGAAGGGACACCAGACGGCUAGUCAAUAUGCCAGUUUGCUGCAUGGUUUCCGCUACUGGCCACCCAUUGAGAUAGAAAAACGCGCUAACGACAGGGCUCUUGCCUCCGGCUUGGUGUUGGAGCGGAAUUUUCAACUCAUCUGCUCCUACAAUGACGCUGGGCUUAACACGGAUCCCUUUACUGUUCAGAUCCUUUUGAGCUCUCCUGUAAUUGCACAGGAGAUGCAAGCAGGCAACAAUGUGGUUUAUCAUGACAAUUCCCACGACAAUCUGGAUGAUUCGGUGCCUGUAGGGGAGGAAUACAUCGAUGAUGACUACGAUGAUGGAGAAGACAACUACGAAGACGACGAUGUCAUGUCUGUCGACGAUCCAACCGGGGCUAGAGCUGCCCAGUGGCCAAGUGUUGCUCGCUCCUAUAAGAGACCAGAUUCAUCGCUCCAGUACCGGUCUCCCUUGGACGGCGCUGACUUUGCACACUCUGACAAGGAAGUCCGAUCAGGCGACUCCCUCGCCCUACAUCAGAAGGACAUUUCACUGGAGAGCAAUGCAAGUGGCGUUAAUAAUUUGGGUCUGGCAAUCGGUUUGAGUCUUGGCUGCUUUGCGAUCCUGACCAUCAUAGUGGCCUUCUUCAUCUCCAAGUCCACUGGUUUCCGUCGCGGUCAGCUGAGCUUCUUCCGAAGCGGUGAGCGCAAAUCUUUUGGACGUCCUCAAUUCCAUCCUGAAACGCGACUCAAUGUCAUUGAAAACCCCAUUGAAAAACUGGAGGUAAGGAUACUCAUUCCAGUAAUUGAUUUGCCGUCUAUGCGGGUGAAACAGUUUUAUGGCUCUUCAUUGAGCUUCAGCCUAUCCACAAUGAGUCCUGAUAGAACUUGAGCUCCAGGCGAUGUAAGAGAAGUAGAAGGCGAGGAGGAGGGCUUAAGCGACCCCGAUGACGACGAAGACACUUCCUUUAGUGUGGGUCCCAAUCACUUGGACUUUGUCACGCUACCUGGCCCUCGUCGAGGCUUCAACGCCGAUGUCUGA